AUGCUGAGAGAGCUCGAGACGGGCACGCAGUCGGCCAUAGCACCACCGCCGAUGCGGCCUGCAACAAGACGAGCGCCGUCUGGUCCUCUCCGCCAACAAGGCAAGGCACGUACCGGCAUCGUGAACUGCAAUGGCGCCGUGCCGCGGAAGAAGCUGCUGGGAAUGAGGUUGGAAGCACGAGAUGCUGCAAUUGGCGGGGCUCCUCCUAAGACACAGCCAGACAGACCCAUGGAGGAGCUGUCGUCAACCCGAGUCGCCAAGUGGGGCCAGCGCCGAGCUCAGGCAAAACAGGGCAAAUCAGGCCCGCAAAGCCGCCACACAGCUGCCGGCUGCCUAGAUCACGUGAGUUCGCUCUACGGUCGCGCCGCCUCGACCUCCCUGGCCCGACGCGCCCGCUUGCCUGCGGCCCAACAAAAGGUCUUCAUGUUUCGCCGAAGCGCCAUCAUCGCCAAGUUUCGUGCCUUCGUGGACGAGAUGACCAGCAGCCCCUCCAUGCCGCCAUCUUCCGACCCCAAAGAAGAUGACGACAAGGUUAUGGAGUCGCCUGCGUCCACGCCACCAACCACGCAGCAGCCCAAGUUCGAUUCAUCACCACCACGACGAACUCUUCCUUCACGGCGUGCAGCUCGACGGCGCCGCCCACAAAAGGGCUCCCUUCGGGACAUCCUCCGCCAGAACUCUGGGACUUCGCUCUUUGUGCGCCCCAUCGGCUGGACGGAUCUCCAUGCCAGCCUGCUAGGUGUGCGCUUCUGUGAGCUGCCGGCUUGCGACACUCCACGACCAAGCAACCUGCCAGGCUCUCCGCCGACGCAGGGCCACAUGCGACCGUCGCCCACCAUUACCAAGCUGAGUGACGCGCUGACGGAGAUUUUGCUGCUCUCGUCGGGCCUUCCCAAAUCAACUUCUACUGCCGUCAAGACUGUGCUGAUGACGCUGUGGCCAACAGCGUUUGCAAAGUGGCAGCUGUUCCCGGAUCUGAACAUAUAUUUCGGUGACAAGGUUUACCAUGAUGCAGUGCGUGUUCAAGCCUUGUGGAACUUCCCCUCACAUACUUCGGCCUCAUCAUCGCAAAGCUCAGUUGCAACAAUACCAGCACGGCCUGUAAGCUCAUCGUCAAGUCCGCCUGCUCACUGCACUGCAAACUUGCCGAUGCUGUGCUACAUUGGCAAGAACCAACUUGCAUCAAUACGCAAGUGCAUCUUUCGUGUAGCGACCGGACCAGGUGACAAUCCCAACAUCCCCGUCCAGAGGCUACAGCAGCUUCGCGCCAAGCUUCUUAUCCCAGCGGAUGCUGAUAAAGAUGCGCAUUUCGUCGGCAUCUUCUUGGCCAUGGCGCAGAGACAUUUCUACACACCCCCGAUACGAACUUUGACAAGAGAAUCAUCCCUGGGAUUACAAAAGCCUUCUUCUCGUCGACCCGACUUUCAAGAUGUCAAGAUGAGAAUCCUGACGCAUGACAACGAGACGAGCGAGUUCUUGGUCUAUACGGGCCAUGUCACAGCCCAGUUUUUGGAUCGGUUCUUCGACCCUUCUGGCGCCUUUUAUGAGGACGACGGCACGAUUGCGGGAAUGAAGAUUGAAUAUACCCGCGUUCCCAUCUGGCCCAUCCUGGGACUACGAGAACGACUCGGCAAGGCUUUGGGAGAGGACAUUGUGGGGUCAUUCGAUUCAAAUCAAAUGGAGACGUGGGAGUUAGAUAGCGAGUCGAGAUUCUCAGAACCAGGAGCUAGAGGCGCAAACAUCAAGCGAAAGCGGGCAACUCCGACAGCGCUUGAUGGGAGCUUGGAUGAAGAAUCCGACGAAGAUCAGCCCGCCAUAGAGAAGAAGCGGUGUCUGAGCGAGGAGAGAAAUCUCGUUGGCGUUGCGGUUUAA